UAUUUUUGCUUAUAAACUUUAAUUAAUGAGAAUUUAAUUAUGGUUGUUCUAGUUCUGGAUAUUGUUAUUUAGAAUCUCCCUAUGACGUAGAAAAAACGGUGAAAUUCCCUCAUAUUCUUGUAUUGGAAGAUAUUUACGUUUCGUAUCAGUAUGGACCAAGUCGCAGAGGAGCUGGUUGCAAAUGAUGUACAUGGGAAAGCAGACCUUCAAGCAAAAGGCUAUGAUCCCUUGACGCUAGAACCUCGCAAUGCUUUGGGAUCACCAAUAAUGUGUGCAUCCAUGAGGAGUGAUUGGGCGGAGAGCUCCACCACUGAUUAUAUGGAUACAAGCAGAAUGGAGGAAAAGGACUUAAGUAGAAGUGCAAUAACUUUGGCGGAAGCUGAACCCCCUUGCAGUAUCCUUAGCUCUGUGAAGGAUAGUGAGCAUGUGGUUGAAAAAUUGACAGCGGGAAACUAUUGGACUUCACAUCAAGCUUUAGGUCGAAGCGUAGACAGUAACAGGCAACACAGAUGGCAAAAUAUAUAUCAAUUAGUAAAUGGAUCAAGAGAUAAGGCCUCACACGGUGAUUAUGUGCACGAAGACAAGGAAAAACUGCUAUCAAGAGCUGGAAAGCAGUUGAUGACAAUGCGUUCUGAUCUAUGGAGUGGCUUGAAACCUUUGUUGACGAAGCAAAUUGGUCAUGACAGCAAAGCAAUUUCUCCACAUUCGAGGGCUAGUGACAAGAGGGUUGUAUCUAGCAUUAUACUGCCCAAUGGGGAGACCUCAUCCAUGCCCGGCUUUUCUCAGCCACCGCUGAAGAAAGUCUUGAAAGGAAAGGGUGUUCUCUGCAGAAACCAAGAAGCUCUCCCUGAAUGUGGGGUUGCAGAUGCUGGUCCUAUUGAUGGAAAACUGGAUUAUGCAAGGAAAGUUGCUUCUGAUGCACUAGUGAGGUCAAGUUCCAAUAACGAUAAAAAUAGGGUUGAUAGGUCUUGUCCUGAAUCCUUGCAUGAAGGGAUCAGUUUGAGAGAGUGGCUGAAACUUGGGCAUUGUCGAAGAGAUAAAGUUGAAAGCCUGCUGAUAUUUAAGCAAACUGUGGAGUUGGUGGAUUUAGCACACUCUCAAGGAGUUGCCUUUCAAGACUUACGUCCAUCCUGUUUUAAUUUAUUGCCAUCAAAUCGGGUCAUUUACACUGGUUCUUUUACCAAGAUCGAACAAGGGGUUCCUAUACCCUGUGCUUUUGUUAAGAAAAGGCCACUGGAGCAAGUUGCGAGUUCCUACUGUAGUUUAGUUCCAAAGAAGCAAAGAAUGGUUGAAGAAACAAAAUCACUUCAACGGCAGUCUCGGUAUAGCUCUAGUUCUGGGUCUGGGACAAAGGCAAUGGAUGGAAAUAAUUUUCAUGAAACUGGUGCACAAGACUCUAGAUUUAUGGAACUUCAGUCUCAGAAGCAUUCUAAUUACCAAAGUUCAUGGAUGGAAACGAGGCAACUGUCUUUGUCUUUAACUUUACAAUUGGAAGAAAAAUGGUAUAGAAGUCCAGAACUGCUGAAUGGAGGACCUAACACCUUUUCAUCAAAUAUCUAUAACCUAGGGGUCCUGCUUUUUGAGUUGCUCUGGUUUGAGUCAUUUGAGGAAAAUUCUGUGGUGAUGCUGGAUUUGCGUGAUCGGAUUCUACCACCAAGUUUUCUUUCAGAAAAUCCAAGGGAAGCUGGCUUUUGUCUUUGGCUUCUUCAUCCUGAACCUUCAUCUCGUCCAACAGCUAGGUAUAUAACCAUGGAAAUCCUGCAGUCUGAAUUACUAUGUCGAUCCAGGGAACUAUCUUCCAGGAACAAUGUAUCAACAGCUCCUGACAAUGAUGAUACUGAACCAGGGCUGUUGCUUCAUUUUCUAAGCUUAUUGAAAGAACAAAAGCAGAAACAUGAGGCAAAGUUGCUUGUAGAUAUUGAAUGCUUAGAAGAAGAUAUCAAAGAGGUUGAGAAAAAGCAUUUAAUGAGAACACCCAAAAUUGUUUCUGAGACACAAGAGAGAUGUCUCGAUUCAAGAGAACAGGACCUGUAUCCUGGUUCAGUUCCUAUUUCUAGUUCGUUUUCAGUAUCAAAGAAGAAUGAGGCAAGGUUGAGCAGAAAUAUUAACCAAAUCAAGAAUGCCUACUUCUCCAUGAGAUCUCAAAUCUGCCAUACUUCUUCUGCCCCUCCCUCUGAUAAAUAUUUGCUCAAGAACCAAGAUAGUUUGCCUACAGUUCAGUAUAACAGAGAGGACUCAAACACGAAUCAGAGAUCAGAUGAUCCCCUUGGAGCCUUUUUUGAAGGUCUCUGCAAGUUUUCUAGUUAUAGCAGGUUUGAGGUGUGUGGAUCACUCAAAAAUGGAGAUUUUAUGAGCUCCACAAAUGUAGUUUGUACUUUGAGUUUUGAUCGUGACGAGGAUUAUAUUGCUGCUGCUGGCGUAUCAAAGAAAAUCAAGGUUUUUGAAUUUGGUGCACUUUUAAAUGACUCCAUAGAUAUCCAUUAUCCCACGGUUGAGAUGGCAAACAAAUCUAAGAUCAGUUCUGUCUGCUGGAACAAUUACAUUAAGAACUAUUUGGCUUCAACUGACUAUGAUGGUGUGGUUCAGAUGUGGGAUGCAGGCACUGGUCAAAGAUUCUCCCAAUACACAGAGCACCAAAAGAGGGCUUGGUCUGUAGAUUUCUCUCUGGCUGAUCCUAUGAUGUUUGUGAGUGGAAGUGAUGACUGUUCUGUGAAACUAUGGAGCAUUAAUGAGAGAAGUUCUAUUGGUACCAUUGGGAACCCUGCCAACGUCUGCUGUGUUCAGUUCUCUCCCUCCUCUACUAAUUUAUUGGUUUUUGGAUCUGCUGACUAUAAGGUCUACUGCUAUGAUCUUCGGCAUACUAAGAUCCCUUGGUGCACAUUACCUGGCCAUGGAAAAACUGUUAGCUACGUGAAAUUUUUAGAUUCAGAGACCCUUGUUUCUGCAUCCACAGACAAUACUCUGAAGCUUUGGGAUCUCAACAAAACUAGCUCUACUGGCCUGUCCUCUAGUGCUUGCAGUUUGACCUUUGGUGGUCACACUAACGAAAAGAAUUUUGUAGGUUUGUCUGCACUGGAUGGAUACAUAGCAUGCGGUUCAGAAACCAACGAGGUUUAUUGUUAUUAUAGAUCUCUGCCAAUGCCAAUUACUUCUCACAAAUUUGGAUGUGUUGAUCCUGUCUCUGGAAACGAGAUUGUUGAUGGUAGUGGACAAUUUGUUUCAAGUGUGUGUUGGCGACGGAAAUCGAAUAUGGUUGUUGCCGCCAACUCAAGUGGAAAUAUGAAGGUGUUACGGAUGGUGUGAGGUGCUGAAAAAGUGCGCAUGUUCUACUUUCAUCCAGGAAACUUGCUGUUUUGUGAGCAUUUCUUAUUUGAAUGUCAGUAUCAAAAACUGCCAUGUGCCUUCUUGGGGUAUUAGUUGGAAGCUGAAAUCUGGAAGGGUCAAAGAGUUGGAAAUGGAGCUGUUCUCAACUGACGUGACUUUGUCUCGUAUAUUCUCCGCAAACAAUCAUUAAUCAACAAUGGCACGGAUCAUACUAGUUUAUAGCUAAGCCCGUGGCGGAUUUUAAUGGGUUCAAAACUCCUGAAGAAUUCAGCAAGAAAUGUAUGUAGCUGUUACAAGACCAGGGUUUUGAUCUGUAUCCCGUCAAAAAAUCGGAGGCCAACUAAAAGAUUAUUCGACUGAGAGAUUGAGCGAGUCCUCAAAUCAUUGAAAUAGAUCUUUGAAACAAGUUGAUUUUGAAGGUCAAUUUGAAUAAGAAAUUUUAAUGGAGUUCAUUUUCAUGUAAUCAUUUGACUGUUGGACUGACGUUAAAUGAUUGAAACUCGAAAUUUGAGAAAGGCUGAUUGUUA